AUGCGCGACGAGCAGACGCGCGCUUCCGUCUUUCUUCCGCCGUCCUGGCUCGACGAAGAAGGUCGACUCUGCUACUCCGCACACGUCCUAGAAAGCAUUCCAGAGGAAUCUGAGCCGCCGUCCUCGAGGACUUCCCGCUACGGCAGCUUCCACCGCGACACGGAGGCUCCGCGGCGACCGGGAAGGGGAGACAGUCUCUUCUCUCCAGAGACAGGAGAGGGCGAUGUGUCCCUCUUCGCCGAUAGUGACUCGCACGAAAGCGCAGCCUCUCCCCUGGAAGAGGGGCGAGGAGACGGCCCCGCCCCCGGAGCUCCUCUACACCUAGAGAGCAAGAGAGCCGACGCAGGAGUUCUGCCGCCUGGAGAGGUCUUUUCUCCCGAUGUCGCAUGCGCCCGACACGUAGACGGAGACAGGGGGAAACGGGCGGGGGAUGGCCCGCAGAGACAGGAGCAACUCGACCACAAGGGACCUGAUGCCGGCGCUGGAGAAGGCUACGGUCUUGUGUUCCGGGAAUCCGGCCGCGCCCCGAGCCUCGAGGGCGCGGCGCCUCUGCACACUGAACCAUCAGAAGAUCCACGCAAACAGAGAGAGACGGGAAGCUUCGCCGAAGGCGAGGCUGGUUCCGAAGUGGGCGACACUCGAGAACUCUCUAUCUGCUCUCCCCCGGAACAGCCUGAAGUUCCCCCGCCGAGACAGGCCUCUUCCGGCCAAGACGCACCAUGCUGCGGGGAGAAGGCCAGCUGUUUUGUCCGACAGAACUCUCCUCUCCAGUCUUACGGCGAGGCACCGAACGGAGAGGUUUCGUUUCCCCACACGUCGCACGGCAGUCUCCACGUUCCUGCGCCGCAUGAUGCAUCGAACGCGGCGCGGGUGCGGGCGUCCUCAGUCCAGGAACAGUCUGCGCUUUCUCGGCCUUUCACCCAAGCAGAGCCGCGGCGGCCUCUCUCAGCUCCGCCUCCUCGUCCGUCGUCACUUGAUUCCCGUGGCGCGGCUCUUGUGUCUCCUGAGAGAGAAGAAAGAACCUUCUCUCCCGAAUCCACAGGGUCUCCUCUCUGUGCUGCAGCCAGGUACGCCGACGCCCGCACAGACAAACCACGCGCUGUACGCAUGCCUUCAGCUCUGGGAGAUGACGAGAGAGACGGAACAGGAAAGCCAGGGGCUAAGAGAGAGAAAGAGAAGUGGAGAGCGGAAGAGAUAGCUGAGGAAGCGCCGUUUGAGAACGCGAUAGACGAGAAGCGAAACGGCCGGCACCGCGUAGGCUUGUCGGGAUCGUCUUCUGGGAACCAUGGCACGUUGCCUUCCUCGGCGCUUCCGUUUCCGCUGUGGGCCGCACUCCGUUUCGGCAGUCUCUCUUUCUUCCUCGACUUCCGAGACGUCAUCGCGCUCUCUGCGGCCUCGUUUCCGCUUCGGCUGCUUCUCUGCGGCUCGCAGCCGUGUGCGUCGCCUCACGCGCUUUUGGCGUUCGGAGAAGGCGAGGGAGGAGACACUGCCGAGGAGAAAAAAGGGAGGGUCUUCCAGAGUUUGUUCUCUUCGGACGCCCCAGGCGCGCGAGACGCUUCUCCCCAAGUCGCCAGGCAGGGCGCAGACACCCGAGAGUCGGAGAAAGGUCGACGGACCCCAGCCCCGGGACAGAGAAGGCACGGACAGGCAGAGAGGAGGCGCGGGAAGGAAAGAGGUGCGUUGAGAAAAGACACCCUCGAAGUGGAAGAAGAGAUGAAGAGCGAGUGGUCCCGCUUCAACGCCCUUGCUCAGAGAAGAAAAACGGACACGAGCGGAGAGAAGACGGAACGGAGAGCGAGAGAAUGUGCAGCGCUUCCGGCGGGGGUCUUCAGCCACAUUCGCGUGACGACUGCGUGGGCUGCGCUGGACGAGGAAUUUGUGCGGGAACUUUUCCGUCGCGCGACGCGCCUCUCGGUUCUUGAAAUCUCGAUUCGCAGGGAUUGCCUUUCGGCCCUUCUUCAACGAGGAUCGCCUGUGCCGGCGCGCACCUCUCCUUUCGUCCCAGCUGCCUCCUCGGGCUGUUCCCAUUCCCCUUGCUGUCGCCAGUCGUGUUCCGGUCCGUCUGCGGCCGUGCAACGCCGCUUGAUGCUUUGCCUGGAGCGCGCCGUCUCAGCGUUUGUCCUCAACUGCGAAACGCUCGAGUCUUUUGCCCUCCACGUUGAAGGCGAAGACGCAGGCUCUCCGUUCUUUUUCUCUCCGACCUCGCGAGUGAACUGGGCUUCUCCAACGCCGUCUCCACGCUCUCGUUUCCACCCUGCAUCGGCUUCCCCGUCGUCUGUAUCAUCUUCUUUCUCUCGUUUCGGGUGUUCUUCCCUGGGUUUUGAGCCGCGGCUUGGGGAGCUCUGGGAGGCCCCGACCGCGCAGUCUGUGGACCAUUUGUUUCCUCGCCUGCGGCGUUUCUCGUCGAGAGGGACGUUCGGGCUGUUGAUUCUGCUCUCCAGCUGUCUACACGCGUGGAUCCAAAGCGAGGGUUUCUCUUCUCGGCCCACGCCAGGACAGGAGCUGCGAGGCGCGGGAGAGCAGCAGAGGGGGACAGAAGGGAGGAAAGGCCGCGAUAGAGAAGGCGGCGGAGACGCCCGCGUGUCCUUCUCGGGACUCUUUAGGUCUUGGGCGUUCGCGAAGGACAGGAAACGCUGCAGGGAGAAGGGGGUGGGAGUGCAGCAGAGAACCGCGGACCGAGCCCCGGCAGCGGAGGCGAACGAGCAUUUCAAGAGGUCCGCUCCCACUCUGACACACCUGGAGAUUUCCGAUCGGUCCUCGUGGUUCGACCUCUCGCUUCUUCUUCCUUUCCUCUCAUCUCUUGCGCAGCCGGCCUGUGAGGGCGACGAACGUCGACCCCUUUCUGCCGCCGCGUCUGCUUCCGUUUCGUCCCUUGCCUCUGCGGAGACAGGAGAACGACGCGAGGCGCGACUGGCGGGGCUCGAGUUAGCGCUGGCGUUUCUGCGAGAGCAAACGGCGAAGUUUCUCCACUUUUUGGGUUCUUUGAUUCGGGCGUCGCAUGCGUCUCUGCAUGCGUUGACUCUCGAUUUCGCCCCCCCACUUCUCUUUCAGAGACUUCGAAGCUGUUCACCUUCGGCCGAACCCGCUUCGUCGCCGCCGGCUUCCCCGGCACAGAGCCGGAAGACGCAUGCACAGGGAGACACCGCGGCGGUCGGAAACGUUUUCCCUUCCUUCGAGAACUGCGGACCUCUCUCAGGACUGCUUCUUCUUUCAGACCGACUCUUCUCGAGCCUCGUCCGCUCCGAUUUGCCGCCGCUUUUCGGCAGUGACCAAGCACGCGUCCUGUCUUCUGGUCAAGGAAGGAGCCGGAAAGACGAGAAAGGAAGAGAGACCGACCUCGUGCAACCGAGAGGAGAAAGGGAAGAGACGGAGGGUCAAAAGGGUCAGACGCCGAGGAGGCAUUCAAACGACAGAGAAUUCCAUGGGUCAGAAGAGCCGUUUCCCGAUGGCAGCGAAUGUGAAGAGCGCGAGAGAGAUGCUUCUUACUUCGGUGCCUAUCUCUUUUUGUUGAGUCUUAUUCUUCCCUCCUUUUCUGCCGUCUCGCCUCCCUCUACGUCUUUCUCGUUCCCUUACCUCGUCUGUCUUUCUCUGUCCGAUGCGAUAGCGACAGGAAAGGCCCUCCGCCGCUCCUCGAGCCGGCAACAUGACCUGGGGCAGGGAGAACACACCGUGUGCGCAGAGAGGAGAGGAGAGAAGAGAGGAUGCGGGGCGUCUCCUGGGAGCUCGACCGCAGCGCAAAGCGGGAGGAGCGGUGGCCUCGCGAAGCAUGCACAGUCGUCUCACUUUGCGUUUAUGAGGCUCCGUUCGCUUCAAAUCGUCGACUUCAAUCCCCUCCUUCACCUGCUUCUCUCGGAGGCCGCGUUUGCGUGGCGAAACGAGAUUUCACACGUCCCUUCUCGCUCGCCGUCUUCUCCCUCGCCUCACACGCAGCCUCCUGCUCCGUCCUCACUGGCGUUGAGUCUCGUGUGGGAGGGCGAAGGCGUAGAGGAGUGGAAAGGGGAGGAGGAAGAGGAAAAUGAGACAGGAGAGAGCGACCGAGAGGACGAUUCUUGUGUGUGGAGUAGCGCCUCGUCCUCUCGUGCAUCUGCCUCUCGCGCCCGUGGCCGACUCCCCACAGCCCGCCAAGGAGAGAAAGAAGGCGAGGCGAAGAACUGGGAAUACACAGAGGGGUUGCAGGAGUACCUAGAUGUGUGUGACACACUGCGAAGACACAGACGGUUCGGUGCAGAGCUUAUUCACGCGUUUCUCUCGAAACUGCCUCGCUUCUCUCUCGUUCUCCCGCCCUCGGGAGUACAGGCAGCUCGGACUCUCGCCCUUCUCUUCUCGCCGUCCACGUCUUCUCUGUUCUCCUCCGAGGUCGCUCGACGCCGAGCCAUGGGCCUCGUGUUGCCGUUCUUUAUGAAUCCGGCGCUUUUCCCGCUGGCGGAGAAGCCGGGAAAUCCAUGUCUUUCCGCCUCCUCCCUGCGAGCUGUGGAAGGAGCUCGAGACUUCCCCGCGUUCGCUUCGAGCCCCAGAGAGCCUCCUCACGAGGCCUGUGCUGUCUCCACUGUCUCCGCUGUCUCCUGCGCCCUCUCGGCUUCUCGGCCUUUGCCGGACCCGGCACCGCGUCUCGGAAGAAAGAGUGAAGAAGGCCUUUCCUUCUCCGUUUCGCCUCCAGAACUGGAUCGGUUCGUGGGGAUCCUCAAGCUGCUGACGGCCACCGCGUUGCUCGAACACGGCUUCCUCUUUCCUCUAGAGUCUCCCGACUUUUUCCUCGAAAGAGAACGGAGGGUGCGCCUUCGAGGCACGAGAGACGAGAAAGAUGGCGGGAAGGCGCCCCGCGAGAAGAGAAGAGGGCUCUGGGACUUCCUCUCUGCUCUCUCAACCUUCCCGUCCUCGUCUUCGAUGCCGGCUACACGGGGACUCCGGAAGGACGAGCGAGCCUCAACCCGAGACGCGCCUUGCCCACGCACUCCCGCACGUUCUCUCUCUUCUCCACAGCCACGGAGACAGAGACGGAGCGUCCUGUGGUCUGCUCUCUGGCCUCGGGAUCUAGAGGAGCCUACGCCAUCUGCGCGGAAGCGCGAACGGAGAGCCUCCGCGAGGCAUCGUCUCGGCAGCGCGUCACCCUGCGGAGACGAGACUGCGGGGAAGGAGGGCGCGGAGACGCGAGAGGCGCGCGAGGAGACAGACAGCCAGGACGACUCGUCAAGCUGGACGGAGAGAGAAGAUGCGUCUCCGUCGAACUGUGACGCUCCCAUUUCCAGAUGGCCAGGUGCGCCGUCGCUCCUCUCCAGUGGGGAACACCCGUCUUGUGCGUCGCGGUCGUAUGAGCGGGGGGAGAGAAGAAAAGUGUCGGGGUUCAGUGAACCAGAACAGCGGCAGUCAGCUCGUUUGCCUUCUCGGCUUCGAUCGAACGUGUCCACUCACGCAGUCCAUACCGCGUCUUCUUCAGCGACGUGGGCGCGACGGUUUGUCGUUCCCUUUUGCUUUUCUUCCUCGUCGUCUUCCCCGUUUUCUGGGGGGGUGUAUGGAGAGGCGCGGAACGCGCGCAGAGGAGUGAGAACCGGGGACCGUCGAAGACUCGCUCGAGGCCUGUCGCGCGAUGUGGAGUGCAUGCGGCAGUUCAAGAAGCAAGAAAUCGGACUGAAGCCGACGGAAGCCUCGCUCCGCUUUUUGCACCAGCAACUGAACGGGCUGGGCUGGGAGGGCCCGCGGCGCCUCCCUGAUCCCGCCGCGGGAGAGACGCGCGGCACACAGGGAGAGAAAAGUGGAGACAAGAGCGGACUGGGACAAAGAGAGAAAGGCGCAGCGCUCGGACCACAGAGCGUCGCUGGCCCCCCAGUGAGGAGAAAGACGCUGCUCGAGCAACGCCUCGAAAAGGCAGAGCUGCUGCUCUGGCGAGAGCAGGGAGAAGAACGCGCGAAAGGAGAAGACGGACGGACAGGAGAAGGAAGAAAAGGAGAAGGAAUAACAGGAGAAGGAAGAGAAGAGGAAGGGCGCUCCCGAGGGAAGAAGGGAUGUGAACGCCGCACUGUUCAGUCGUAUUCUGUGUCUUCUGAUGGAAGAAUUCCAGUUUUCGCGAAAGGGAGAACGAACCUGCCCCGCCAUUUCCGCUACGUGGACCGCGUCGUCUCGUCUCUCUCGGGAGUCUUCUCAGACGUCCGGCGUUCAGCCUCGAGCUUCUUUCGCCAAAGCGAGGCCGGCGAGGGCGAUCAGGAACGCGGGCAAAAUCCGACAGAAGAGAGAGAAGCCAGUGAAAUCCACGAUGGGGAACCGCGACCGGAUGCUGGUCGGUUCGUGAGCAAGUGGAAGUCCUUCUUUGUUUUCUCUGGAAGAAAAGACGGGGAAGAACGAACUCUUCGAACUCGGGAAACGGUUCGACCGAAGCCUGGAAAGGUGCCUGUGAAGAAACGAGGGCGUUUGCUGAACCAUGUGCACCCCUACAGCUGCAUCGAGACUCUGGAGCUUCUCUUCAUUCCUCCUGCUUCGCGGUCCACUGCCAUGCCUUCGAGCUCUGGUUCUUGUCUUUCUUGUUCACUUUCUUCCCUUUCUUGUUUUUCGUGUGUGUCUUGUUCGUGUUGUUCUUCGUCUCGCUCGUCUCUCGCUUCUGACCGGGAAGCGACGCGAGCUCUCUGCCGUCGUUUGUUUGCGUCGCACAGUCCCUAUCGGACGGCACUGAUUCAAAUCUUCCGGUUUACGCUUCCGCGACUUCGGCUGUUUCGCCUCGCGUUCGCUUCCCACCGCCCCCACCCUUCUUCCGUUCCGGUCUUCCUGCCGCAAAAGGUGCGCGCUGGAGACCCAACCUUCAGCAACAGAAGCAGGCUCUUUGUCUCCUGUUCGAGCUCUCGCUCUCCGCCGUGUCUCUGUGGCGAGGAAGAGUCGCGGCGUCUGAUGCGCGCUGAGAGAGACAGAACAGACGAGAGCCGCUUUCGGUCCCUGUUUCGGGCGCUGGGAUUUGACGACGAAACCGGUGGAAAAAGUCGAGAUGAAGCGUGCCUCGAGCUGCCGGCCACCCUUCGGGAGUUUGAGCCGGUGUCCCCUUGUCUCCGAGACGCGCCGGACGGCGCGUUUGGUUCAGCUUGUCUCUUUCUCCUUGACGUUCGCCCAGGCGGGCGAGACGGACGGAUUUCCCCUCGCGCUCCAGCGCCUCUUCUCUUCUCCGUCACCUCUCUCGCGUGCUUCGCCCGCAUGUCUUCCUCUGCUCUGUGCCGCGCUGCGUCUCUGGAGGAGGCGCCUCCGUCUCCGUCGUCUGUCCCCGAAUCAGCUUCUACCCUGCCGACUUCCUCUCCUCGCCUGCUCUCCGCUUCUUCGGAGUCUUCCUGGAGCUCGCCCCGUUCCGCGCACUCCUCUCCGCGCCUCCUGCGUCUCUCUUCUUCGGCGUCUUUCCACCGUCUCGGGCGCCUGCCUGCCUCGGUAUCUCUCGCCUACUUGGCGGUUGCCCCCGACCUGAUUUCCUCAGCGAUCGCGCGCUCCUCGCUGCUGCCUCGCCUCCUUUUCCCUCUCUUGCGGCGCGCGUCGUCCCUCUUCGCCGCAUGCCAGCAAAUCGAGAGGAACUACGCGCACUUUCUCCCCGCGCCUGUGCAGCUGCCCGAAGCCCCCACCAGGAUGGCCGGUGAAGUGAGGACCGCCGUUCUCGCUGCCGUCGACGUUGUGCUCGAGGAGAUCGAAUUGCUACCCCCGCGAGAAGAAGAGGCGCGCAGGCGUGGGGAGGCAGCCUCUGAGGAGGGAGACCGGAGCGGGGAGACGCACCGCGCGAAAACGGUGGAGAGGACAGGCAGGUGA